UGCAUCCCGCUACACAGGCGACAUGAAGGCCUUCGUUCUCGUCGCUGUCUUGUCGGUGGCUGCGGCCCAGAACUACGGACAGGCACCCGCACCCCGCUAUAGUCCGGCCCCGGCGCCACGUUACUCUCCAGCCCCGGCGCCACGUUACUCUCCUGCUCCGGCGCCGCGCUACAACCCCGCUCCGUCGUACGCGCGGGCGCCUUCCUACGCCCCGUCGUACCAGGAGCCGCAGUACUACGCCCAGCCGUACCAGUUUGAGUACGCUGUCAACGACCAGUACAGCGGCACAGUGUUCUCCCAGAACGAGAACAGCGACACCAAGGUCGUGCAGGGGUACUACUCGGUCAACCUGCCCGACGGCCGCGUCCAGCACGUCUCUUACACGGCUGAUAACGAGGGCUACGGCGGCUACAACGCCCAGGUCACCUACGACGGGGAGGCCCAGUACCCCGAGCCGGCCAGGUACGCCCCGGCCCGCUCCUACGCUCCUGCCGCUCCAUCUUACAAGGCUGCUCCCUCUUACCAGCCGGUUCGCUCCUACCAGCCUGCCCCCUCUUACACGCCUGCUCGUUCCUAUAAGCCUGCUCCUUCUUACCGACCUGCUGCUCCCUCUUACCAGCCGGUUCAAUCUUAUCAGCCUGCUCCCUCUUACACACCUGCUCGUUCCUAUAAGCCUGCCCCUUCUUACCGGCCCGCUGCUGUCUCUUACAAACCCGCCGAAUCUUACGGAGCUCCUUCCCAAUCGUAUUAGGAAGAGUACACAACUGAGUUAAGUGUGCGUGUUUGUGUUCAUAUCUUAUUGUUUGCUCGUUUAAGUGUGUGUUCUAUGU